UUGAACUAAUGGCUUGGGACCUCCAUAAUAAAACAUUCAGAAAUGUGAUAUUUUAUGAAAGUUAAUAUGUUGAUAUUUAAUUCGUUUAUAUUUUAUUUACGUUAUACUAUAUCUUGCCUCAGAAUAGAUACAUAAUCAAGUAAUUAUGUCAUGUUUGAGAGGUAGACUAUGGGUAGACACUGUAGGUUAAUGCCAGACAGGACCACAUCUCUGGACCCUUGCAGUCGUUAUAAUACUGACAGUUUACACAUGACGCGGAGAGAUUAAGGGAUAGGCGGGACUGGAGAGCAUCUGGUGCGCUCGCGUCUGCACAAUGCGCUCCAGCCACUGUUUGGAAUUUAUUGCACAGGCUAUCCUUUUGAUGGAUAGAGCAAUGUUUGUUUCUUCCUCCAUUCAAACGUACGCUGCAUCAAUCCACCGAGUCUGUUCCAACAGAAGGACGUAAAUGGUUGUCAUCAUCAUCUUUGCUGCUCCUACUGUAUGUGGUCCUUGGGAUUUAUUGCUUCAAUUUGAAAAGUAGGAUAAUUCAAUGAUGUCGAUAUCGCUGUUGUUCCUGUUCUACCCGUCUGUUUUGCUGUUCUUUGGCUUUGGCUGCCGGUACGCUUCGAGCUUUGUGUGUCCGGGUAUCUGCCGAUGUUCCUCCAACACCAUUAGAUGUAACAACAUCACGGAGAAGUCCGUUCCAAUGAGCGAAAGGGGUCCAAGACUGGUCCUGAAGCAUCUGACUAUGAGCACAAUAGCCAGCCACACCUUUGAUGGCCUGAGAAGAGUCCAGCAUAUAGAAAUCGGUCAAAGUGUUGCCUUGGAAACCAUAGAGACCCUUGCAUUCAACAAUCUUCUCGACCUCAAUGAAAUCUUCAUUAAGAACACACGGAGCCUGGUGCACAUCGCUCGAAGGACGUUCAACAACCUUCCUAAGCUGCGUUAUCUGAGUAUAUCCAACACUGGGAUAACGGUGUUUCCUGACAUGACUUCUAUCCAUUCUCUGGAACCUUGGAACCAAAAUUUUGUCUUGGAUAUCUGUGACAACCUCUAUCUUCUGUCAAUACCAGUAAAUGCUUUCGUUGGCAUGACAACUGAAUAUACUGCAAUGAACCUGUUCAACAACGGCAUUAGAGAAAUACAAGACUAUGCCUUUAAUGGGACCAAGAUAAACAAAUUGGUUUUAAAGAAUAACCGAAACCUCAGAGUGAUCCAUAGGGAAGCUUUUAAAGGAGCGGUGGGCCCUAGGAUACUAGAUGUCUCGUCGACGGCGAUAGAGACUUUGCCGUCACAUGGCCUCAAUUCUGUCGUGGAGCUGGUUGCCCGUACAGCCUACGGCCUAAAGCGACUACCCCCUUUCAGGGGUCUGGGCAACCUGCAGAAGGCACACCUCACCUACAACAGCCACUGCUGUGCCUUACUCACCUGGGACACACACAGGGAUUCUCCAAUCAAUGCAGCACAACAUAAUGGAUCUAGGCCUACGUAUUGUGAUGACAGUCAGUCUGAAAAGUUUCCAGCUGGUAUGGUGGACUCAUCCGACACAUCCCUACUGGUGGAAAUACAUGGAACAAACAAAGAUGUGGAAGAUGAGUCCUACGGAGGUGUGGAUUUCCAGUAUCCAGAACUAGGGUUAUACUGUCAGACCAGACCAACCCUCCAGUGUACCCCAGAGGCUGACGCCUUUAACCCGUGUGAAGACAUAGCAGGUUUCAGUUUUCUCAGAGUCGCCAUCUGGUUCAUCAACAUCCUGGCGAUCAUUGGCAACCUGACGGUCCUCCUCAUCUUCUUCACCAGUCGCUGUAAACUCACCGUGCCACGCUUCCUCAUGUGUCAUCUGGCCUUCGCUGACUUCUGCAUCGGCGUCUACCUCCUUAUGAUUGCCGCGGUCGACCUCCACACCCGAGGCCACUACAGUGAGCACGCCAUCGAUUGGCAGACGGGAGCAGGUUGUAGUGCGGCGGGCUUCCUGUCUGUGUUCGGUGGGGAGCUGUCGGUGUACACGUUGUCGACUAUCACUCUGGAGCGCUGGCAUACGAUAACUCAUGCCUUGCAGCUGGAGAAGAGGCUAGGCCUGGCGCAGGCUGCUGGCAUCAUGGCUGGAGGGUGGUUGAUCUGUCUGGGGAUGGCCAUGCUCCCCCUGGUGGGGGUCAGCAGCUACAGCAGGGUGAGCAUGUGCCUUCCCAUGGACGUAAAGACUCCUCUGGCCCAAGCUUUCAUCCUCCUGCUCCUCUUCUUCAACGUGGGGGCGUUCCUGGUGGUCUGCGUCUGCUACGUCCUCAUCUACCUGGCAGUACGGAACCCCCAGUUCCCCAGCCGCAGUGCAGAUGCCAAGAUCGCUAAGCGCAUGGCUGUCCUGAUCUUCACCGACCUCCUCUGCAUGGCGCCCAUCUCGUUCUUCGCUAUAUCCGCAGCCUUUAAGGUUCCGCUCAUCACCGUCACCAACUCCAAGAUACUCCUGGUGUUGUUCUUUCCUAUCAAUUCCUGUGCCAACCCUUUCCUCUAUGCCAUCUUUACUAAGGCUUUCAGGAAAGAUGUCUAUCUGUUACUGAGUAACAUGGGCUGCUGCGAGAAUAAAGCUAAUAUGUACAGGAUGAAGGCCUAUUGCUCUGAGAAUUUGGUGAAGAGUAGUUCUGGGAACAAAGGGACUCUGAUUUGUACAACACAAAUGAUGGACCCUCUGCCAUUGCAGAGCCAACAGCUGAAAGACGAUGGAGAUUUGGGGACAAUCUGAAAUGGCACCCUAUACCUGAAGAAUAGACUAUGCUUUUUUAUUUUGUUCUAUUCAUUAUCAUCAACAGUAGCAACAAGUGACCUUACAGUAUUUUGUAGUGCAAUUCACUGGUUACUACAGUCUUA